AACUUAUAAAUUUGAAAAAAAAAACAUCAAUGGAUUCUCAAUUGGUCUAAAUCUCUUCUUCGUUAUAUUCAAGCUCUUAGGUGAAGAACCAUCAGAAAAAAUGGUCGCGCCAUUAGUAGCAGGAAUGGCUAUUGCCGCUGCUGCAUAUGCUUCAAGGUAUGGAGUCCAGGCAUGGCAAGCAUUUAAGGCCAGACCUCCCACUGCGAGAAUGCGCAAGUUUUAUGAAGGAGGUUUUCAGCCUACAAUGAACAGAAGGGAAGCAGCUUUGAUUCUUGGAGUCAGGGAAAGCACUGAAGCAGAUAAAGUGAGGGAAGCACAUAGGAAGGUGAUGGUAGCUAACCAUCCAGAUGCAGGAGGUAGUCACUACCUUGCUUCUAAAAUAAACGAGGCGAAAGACACUUUACUUGGACAGACGAAGAGCAAUGGAUCCGCGUUCUAGGCUACACGAAAUUUUUGCUGGUGCUUAGACAUUCCAAA